UUGAACAUUGUGAGCUGGUUGUGUUUUAGGGUUUUCUCCAUGACACAUUGUUUCAUUUAUUGUAAUUGAUUAUUUUUCUUAUUAAUUAAGCAUUUGCAUUUGAAAAUAUUCCCCAAGCAGAAAUUAAUGACAAAACAAAAAUCACUGAAGAUAUUUGUAUAUAUAUUUUGCUAAAUAGCAUCUGCUCUUUACACUCAAUCUCACAACCCAAAUUUAUCUUCUGAAGCCCCUGAAAGUCUCUCGUGGGCCAGAUGAGAGGAGAGACUCCUACAAGUUCAUUUAUUUCAUUAGACCUCAGGGGUGGGCCCGAAACUAAUAAACAGUUCAGAGACAGACUUUAUAAUCAUCAGAUCCAAAUGUAUCCAUCUGGUGCCCCGCAAAUUCCCUAAUAUGUUCAAGGUUUCCCACAUCUGUAUCCUACAAUGACAGUUAUAUCUCCAGGCAGCCACUUUCUUAAGACACGAGAAAUUCUUAUUUAAAAAACUUGUUGCUUUCAUUUAAGGAAAUCUGCUGAUGUGGUAGGUGCUGUGUAAGAACUUACCACCUUACUAAAGAGCUGAGAAGAGAUCUAGGUUGAUUAAUCUUAUAUGUUAUGGGAGCAGGCUCCUUCACUGAAAUAAAAAUUAAUUACUUUAAACUUAAAAAAACAUUUUCUUCAGCCAUCGGCCUCACAUAGUCUUUCUGAUUGUUAGAGCAAUAUUUAUGUAUUGAAAAACUGUAGAGUUUUUUGCUCAAAAAUGGAGGCAAAAUGUAAAUUUUCUGUGUUUUUACAAAUUUAUGUUGAUAGAAUUUCCUGUUAAUUUCACCAAAUAGUAACUGUAAGAGGAAAAUUUUUGUACUAUACCAAAACUUUCAAUAUUCAGAGAUCCCAGAAAUACAAAUGCACAAUGGUAAGUUAAAGACAAAAUGGAAACGUUAACUGUGAAUGUCAUAACUUUAAAGUUUUAACCCUAAGAUUACAAAUAAUAUAGAUUUUUCUGUUUGGUAUUUAAAAUUUGCUGCCUUGCUGGAAAAGUUGUUAAAAAAAUAUUAUAUUUUUAAUUUAAGACCUUACCUACUUGUUUUUCAAAUGAAAAAAAACACAUCCAUUCAGCUUUUUACUCAGCUCUGUUCAAACAAUAUACUGGGAAUAAUGAAGACACUGAAGUGCAGGUUAUUUGCUUUUUCCUUUUAUUGGGGUGCCUAAAGACACAAGUAUAUAAGGCCUUGUCUACACUGGCAAGUUUCUGCACAGUAAAGCAGCUUUCUGCUGUGUAACUCCCGAGGUGUACACACUGCCAAGCCACUUAGUGCGCAGAAACUAAGAGACGAGAGGCGUACAGCUUUCUGUGCCAGGGCUACAGCACCUCAGUGCCAGUGUACACACCCUGGUUGAUUACAGUGCUGCGAUUGGCCUCCGGGAGGUGUCCCACAAUGCCUGAUCUCGCCUCUUUGGUCAUCGGUUUGAACUCUACUGACCAGCUCUCAGGUGACCAGCCAUGAGCCCCACCCCUUAAAUUCUUAGGGAAUUUUGAAAGUCCCAUUCCUGUUUGCUUGAUGACAUGUGCAGUGGUCUUAGCACAUCUUUCCGGUGGCCAUCCCUGCUCCAUGCACCAGGCAAUCCCCCGCUUGGAGCAAUGCCGAGCUGCUGGACCUCAUCGGCAUUUGGGGAGAGGAGGCUGUCCAGUUCCAGCUGCACUCCAGCCAUAGGAAUUAUGAUACCUAUGGACAGAUUUCAUGAUGCAUGACAGAAAGGGGCCAUGACUGGGACACACUGCAGUGCAGGGUCAAAGUGAAGGCACUACGGAAUGCCUACUACGAGGAGCAGGAGGCAAACCGCCGCUCCAGUGCUGCGCCCACGAGCUGCUGGUUCUACAAAGAGCUGGACGUGAUACUCGGUGGUGACCUCACCUCCACUGCGAAAGCCACUGUGGAUACUUCGGUGGCUCGCGUGCCAGUCGAGAGUGGACCGAGCCAAGAGGAGGAAAUCUUGGACGAGGAUGUCGAGGGCGAGGGAGACCCAGAAGCAGAGGACGACUCGGAGGUCAGAGAUGCAUGCAGCCAGGACCUCUUCUCUAUCCCAGAGGAGGCUAGCCAGUCACAGCUGUCGGAGGUUGGCAAAGCACAAACAGGAGAGGAGGCCCCUGGUAUGACCAUGGGAGCCCAGUCUCCCUCUUUGUUAUCGCUGGUUGAAUGGCUGCGCAGAAUUAGAAAGCAGCCACGAAGAGCUAAGGAGGACUUUUUGCAUGAUGUCAUGAUGCACUCCGUGGCUGAGAAGCAGAAAUUGAAGGAGUGGCGGGACUGCGAGAAGAGGGACCAAAAGGAGAACGUGGCACACCAGAAAGAAGCCACUGAGUGGCUCUUAAACCUUAUGGAGCGCCAAGUGGACAUGCUCCAGGCACUACUAGCGCUGCAAACCAAGCAGCUCCGCACCCGCCCUCCCCUGCAGCCGCUAUCACAAUACUCUUUCCCAUGGAUUCCCCAGUCACCACCAACACACUCUUAUCAACCUCCUGGCUCCAGUCUGUACCUGCUGCAUUCCACUCCUGCCCCAUCACAGUCCAGCACUGCGGACUCCCCGUACUCACUUCACUCAACAUCCAUCCCUCUGCAGUUUAGCCUUGCUGAAGUACAGUACCUGCUGCACUGUACUCCAGAGGAGAAGGUUGGAUAUGAUCCCUGGACAUAAACAAAUAUUUAAC